AUGUCAAACGAUAAAAUAAAAGAACUAGGAUAAUAUUUAAUUUUUUUAAAAAAAGAACUUGGAGAAGGUUCUUAUGGUAAAGUUUACUAAGGCUUAAACCGUACAAAUAAUCAGUAAGUAGCAAUUAAAAUAAUUGAUCUAAAAAAAAUACAAGAAAAAUAUAAAGAUGAUAAUGAUAUAUAAAAAAAAAUAAAAAAAGAAAUAGAAAAUAUGUAAUUAAUAAAAGGAAAAAAUAUAGUAGAAAUGUUAGAUAAAAUAAAAACUAAAUCUAAUUAUUAUAUUAUUCUUGAAUUAUGUACAGGAGGAAAUUUACAAUAACUAUUAAAUAAAAAUGGGGGCUAUAUAUCUGAAAACUAAUCUAUAAAAAUUAUUACUUAAAUAAUAGAAGGAUAUAAGAUUCUCAUUUCUAAAAACAUGGUCCAUAGAGAUAUAAAACCAGCAAAUAUUUUAUUUAAUGAAAAUACUGCUAAACUUGCCGAUUUCGGUUUUUCUAAAAUCAUUUCAAAAUCUGAUUAUAAUUCUGAAUUAAUUCAUUCUUUAGUAGGUACUCCUUCUUAUUGUUGCCCCUAAAUAAUUUCUAAAUAACCAUAUUGUCCUCACAAAGCCGAUAUAUGGUCUUUAGGUGUUCUUUUUUAUCAAAUGUUGUACCGAAAGUUACCUUUUACUGGGGAAAACUAUUAUGAUUUAUCGAAAAAUAUACUUGAGAAGCCUCUAAGUAUACCAGAAAUACCUCGUACUACCCCUUUAGUUAAGAAAUUAAUUGCUUCAAUGCUUGAGAAAGAUGAAUAUUAAAGAAUUUCUUGGAAUUAAUUAAUAUUAGAAAAUAUAUUUUAGCAAUAAAAUAAUCCAGAGAAAUUACUUGAAUCCCUUAAUAAAUUUAAUUCGAUUGAAAUUUAAAAUAUAGACCAAAAAUUCAAUGUAAUGAAGUAGUAUUGUCUAGAAUAUUUCAAUUACAAUCAGCAAUACUGCUUCUUUGACAAGUGA